CAAAUAUUAGUGAUAUGUCUCGUUUGAAGUCUUUUGACUUUGACGAGUCCAUUACCAAUCGAAGUAGUGCUUCGAUCAAGAAGAUGCACAUGAGUAGCGAUGAAGAAGAUGUUGAUGAUUUGGAGUUUGAUGACACCAACUUGGAAACACCUCGAAGUAUCAAACGCGGAGUAAAUAGUAGUAGUUCCAAUACGAUACAUCGUAACUUCACUGUGAAAAACACGAGUAUAAAAGUUCCACUUAAUGAUGAAGAUGAUGGUACUAAUCAAUCCGUGUCCGGUAGGAAACGUUCUAUUGUAUCGACACCAUUAAUAAAGUAUCGUUCAAGGAAUGGAACUCCACUUAGACAGCCACCAAUUACAAGUGGUCAUAUUUCCAGCAAUAAUGAAGAGGUAGAUCUAAUCAGAGAGAGUAAACUAAUUUCAGAUGACAACAAGUUUUCCCCCAAGGAACACUUCAAGAACUUAUCCUCGCCAAGAAAGAGUCCCCUUCGAAGCCGCAACAAUAAUGAAAUUGUAUGGCCACCAGCAAAUCUAAAGAUGUCUCCAUUAGAUUUUUCUAACGUAGGCAACGGGAAUAAAGAAAAGAAAACUGAAGCAGUACAGAUUCCUCGGGAUAUUGAGUUUGAUGCAUCUGACGGAGAGGACGUCAGCAAGAGAAACAUCUCUACAAACUUCACUAGAGUACCCAGAGUCACCGAAGAACAGGCUUCCAAGGAUGAUCAAAUCAAUGGGAUCGACUACGAUGGUGAGAGCGACAGUCUGUCAGCUCAUGAAAAUGAUAUAUCUCGAGCGGAAAUUUUAGAGAAGAUUAAUGCGACAAUUCAGUCCAUCCGAGAAAGAGAGAUGACAGAAAAGUCAAACACUUCCCGAACCAGUAGAAAAUCUCCUGUGGUAAUUGCUAGGUCAGGCUCUCCUGCAAUCAGUAGUAAUAAAGAUAGGGAAGAAAGAAGCCCUACUCCUCAACCAAACCAUAACGCACUCUUAGAAUCUGCGUCCAUCUCAGACAAUGAACAUGAUUAUGUAAACGAGGACAUUUUAAAUGAAUUAGAUUCAUAUUUACCACCACCUGACCCUCAACCACAAUCUGAGCCUCAAUUAUUUCCUUCACUGUUACCAAAGGCUCCGGAAAAUGAGUUAAAUUCUCCACAAAGGGGGACUGAUAAUGACCGAUUAUCACAAAAAUAUGCUCGAAAUAUUUUACGUGGACGAAGAAAAACAGUUCUUGAAAAGGAAAAAGAAAAGGGAAAGGAGGCAGAUUGGCCUGCUUAUAAAUGGUCCAAACUUCAUAAGAUCAUAAAACUCAAGAAACUAUCCAUUGGUGAUAUUGUCAAUAGCACACUCAUAAGAGAAGGUCUUGGUGCUACACGACAGGAACUAGCCAGUCGUGCAAAGUUUCUUGUUGAGGUAGAAAAGAAACUAGAGCAAAACUCCAAACAUACAAGAAAGUUACCACGUCGCCGAGGAAAAAUAGGAGCUAAAUCACCACUUAUGACGAAGAAAAGGAAAUAAUUAGUCUUGGUCUUGUAAUAUUAGAUGUACAUGUAUAGAUAAAAUGUAUUAUAUUAUCAUUUAAUUGCUUUUAUAUACCUAUGCUAUUCUCCCGUUAGACCUUCG